AUGUCUCCUGCAAAGUGUUUGGUGUCUCUGAUGCUGAUGCUGGUGGCUGCAGGGUAUGUGGUUCAUGCCCAGGAGAGGAUUAAGAUGUGUGGGAGAGAUCUGAUACGACUGGCAGUUUCGUCCUGUGGUAACUCUCGACUAAGAAGGAGCAUGCCAGAUGUAGAACUUGAGCAAUAUUCUUCUUUUUGGGACCAGCACGCCUCCACAGAGGAGCACCAGGCUAUAGAGACAAUCCCAACCUCUGCAGAAUCUGAAGAUAGGGAGAAGGAGGUGUUCCCCUUGGCUCCUCACUGGUACCCCUUGUCUUCUCGGAUCAGACGAAAUGCUGUAAAAAUAUCUGAUAUUUGCUGUGAGAAAGGAUGCAGCAUGAAAGAACUGAUACAGUUUUGUUAG